AUGACGAUGGACCAGCGGGAACUCGAGUCGAGCAUCAAGCAGCUCAACAAGACUGUCCAGGCCAAUGAUCCUCCCACGUCGGCCCUGGCCAUUCUGGAGCGCCUAAAGAAGGAGGCCGCCCCUACCGAGGAGAUACUUCGGUUCGCUUUCAUCCAGUCCACCCGCGCUGGUGUCUUCGUCGGCAAGCUCCGAUCGAACGCAAACAAGGACAUCGCCCGUGCUGCAACAGAGCUUGUGCACAAGUGGAAGAAGCUUGUAGAAGCUGAGAAACAAGGCAAACUGAAGAAACAAUCCUCUCCAGCCGCUCCGUCGCCUACUAUCGCCAGCGCUCCAAAACCCUCGUCGUCUUCCAGCAGUUCCAAAGAGCCUUUCAAGGGCAACACCGAGAACCGCCGCGCCAAGGAUGAUGGAGCUGAUACCAAACGCACCGGUGACAGCACGCGCGAUGCCUGCAUCGAGCUCUUGUACAACGGCCUUGCCUACCGAUCCACGGCUUCCGUCAGCGACGUCAUUGCCAAGGCGGUCGCUAUCGAGGCUGCCGCAUACGGUCACUUCAAGGGAGUCAGCAAAGACUACCGAGAGAAGAUUCGCUCUCUGUUUAGCAAUUUGAAAGUCAAGACCAAUCGUGAGCUUGGCCAGAAUGUCAUGGAUGGCAAAAUUGCUCCAGAGCGCUUCGUCAUCAUGACUCACGAGGAGCUCAAGUCGGCAGAGCAGCGUAGAAAGGAGAACUUGCUUCAAGAGGAAAACAUGAAGAAGGCGCAAGUUCCUAUGGCCGAGAAGAGUAUCAGCGAUGCUCUUAAGUGCGGCAAGUGCGGACAAAAGAAAGUUAGCUACAGUCAGGCGCAAACCCGCAGUGCUGAUGAACCGAUGACUACAUUUUGCGAGUGCACUGUCUGCGGUAAUCGUUGGAAGUUCUCUUAA